AUGUUCACCCUCCACCCUCUCUCGCGCUUCCGCCCGCUAAUCACAACCACAACCACCCGCCUCCUCCUCCCCCCCCGCACCUUCACCACAACCCCCCACCCCCGGGCAACAUUCAACCAAGUCCUCCGCGGCUGCCGCAAGCCCCAACCAAAGCGCAAGCCGGAGUCGCCCGCCAUGUCGGAGACGGGGAACCCGUGCAUGAAGGGCGUAUGUCUGAAGGUGUUCGUCAUGGCACCCAAGAAGCCCAACUCCGCCGAGCGCAAGGUGGCGCGUGUGCGGUUGAGCAGCGAUAAGGUUGUCACGGCUUACAUCCCCGGCGAAGGUGGGUGAUUUCGUUUUCCCUUCCUUCCUCCAUCCCCUCCCUCCCUUUCCGGAAGGACGUUGUUUUGGCUGAUGCUGGGGAGGCGGAAUGUAGGGCAUAAUGUGCAGCAGCAUUCGGUGGUCCUUGUGCGUGGUGGGAGGUCGCAGGAUUGUCCGGGUGUCAAGUAUCAUUUGAUUCGUGGGGCUUUGGAUUUGGUUCGUUUCUCUCUCUCUCUCUCUCUUCUUUGGCUGUUUGGGGCUUUGUGUUGACUUUUGUGGGGGUCAGGGUGGUGUGCCGAAUAGGUCCACCUCGCGGUCAAAGUAUUUUUCUUCUCUUUCCUCUCUCUCCAUGUUUGGUCGAAAGGGCGGAUAAGGGGAUGGGGGGGGGGCUAACGGAAUGCGCAUAACAGGUACGGAACGAAGAAGCCGAAGAAGGGGUUAUAGGCAAUUGAGUUGAAAUCGAAUCGAAUCGGAUUGGGCCGAGUCUUCGAUGAUUUGGACGCUGAUGAUGACGUAAAUAUAGUUUUCCUUCAUCAAUUGUCACUCUGUACCAACAUUCCACCACUACACACGUUCUUUCGACUGCUAUGGUAUCGCAUUUGUACAUCACACAAGCGCACCGAAACAAACUUUAUAGACCCGAUAUCAACCCUGUUCUCCCUAUGGUUACUCUUCCCCU